UAAGAAAAAUUCCAACUGCAGAUACCCCCAUGAACAGGAACCCAGCACAACAUUUGUCUGCAACAGCAGCAAAAAGACGGGUCUAGGUCAUUAAGAUUCCAAAUCUGAGGCACCGCAGUUGGAGAUGAGGACUUCCGAAGAGCAAGCAGCCACCACAGUGUUGCAGAGACUGCUACAGGAGCAGCUGCGUUACGGGAAUCCUAAUGAAAACCGCAACCUAUUGGCAUUGCACCAACAAGCCACGGCAAACGUUCCUCCUUACGGCGGAGGCCAAGGGUCACAGAACGAAAGUUUGACCUCUCAGGAUCCCCAACUGGUUCCACAUGCUGCCCGCCAGGAGCCUCAAGGGCAGGAGAUCCAGGUGGAGAAUAUGAUGGAAAAGCAGAUGCCUUUGAGAUCCCAAAAUAGUGAAGACCUUCCUACUUAUGAGGAGGCCAAGGUCCAGUCACAAUACUUUCGAGGACAGCCUCAUACAAGUGUUGGAGCUGCAUUUUAUGUGACUGGGGUGACUAAUCAAAAAAUGAGAACUGAAGGCCGCCCUACCGUUCAAAGGGUCAACCCAGGGAAAGUCCAUCAGGAUGAUGGUUUGAAGGACCUUAAGCAAGGCCAUGUACGGUCUUUAAGUGAAAGACUGAUGCAGCUUUCACUGGCCACAAGUGGAGUCAAAGCACAUGCGCCAAUCACCAGUGCUCCCCUAUCACCACAGCCAAGUGAUUUCUACAAAAAUCCUGGAUCCGGUGAAAUGUACAAAAAUCCACCACAGAACACUGGUCAAAAAGUGAUGGAGCACAGGGGACCACCACCUGACUAUCCCUACAAAAACAUUUCCACUCUUCCUUCACAAGGAAAAUCCAAGGAAUUUGGACACCAUUAUGGAGACAGUAGGAGCAGUCAGCAGAAUCGCUCUGAUGGUCCAAUGGUUCGGUACCAACAUCCUCCAGAAUACGGAGCUCCUAGGCAAAAUCAAGAUGUUUCAUCACAGUUCCAGCAGCAGAGAGUCUCACACUACCAUAGUCCCACAUCCUCACUCACAUCUUUGGGGUCUAUAAGUCUUCUGCAGUCCCCACCUCCAUCUGGUAUGUCUCCUUCUCAGCACCAGCAGCUUCCUUCUCCAAGCCACGGUGACUUCUUCGGUGGACCACCCCGCUCUCAGCAUGUGCCACAGUAUCAUCCUGGGGACUUUUAUCGUUCAUCUCAGCCAUAUUUUGGUGGGCAACAGCAGCAACAACAACAACAGCCCCCACAGAUGGAUCCUGCAAUGGCAAGACCUCCUCAGUUGCCCUCUCCUUAUGCACAUAUGCAGGGAGACCCGCUCGCCAUUGUAUCUAGGGCACAACAGAUGGUUGCUGCUCUGUCUGAGGAGAACAGAUCUUUGCGCCAAGAACUGGAGGGCUGCUAUGACAAAGUAGCAAGGUUUCAGAAAAUGGAAAUGGAAAUCCAGAGGAUUUCUGAAGCUUAUGAAAAUCUUGUUAAGUCCUCAACUAAGAGAGAAACAUUGGAGAAAGCCAUGAGAACCAAACUGGAGGGAGAGAUCCGUAGGAUUCAUGACUUUAAUCGGGACCUUAGAGAACGCAUGGAGACUGCCAACAAACAGCUUGCAUCAAAGGAUUUUGAGGGUUCGGAGGACAACCGAAAAACUAUAUCUCAACUUCUAGCACAAAACAAGGAGAUCCAGCGGGAGAAGGAAAAGCUAGAGAUGGAGUUGUCCUCUUUGCGUUCCACCAAUGAGGACCAGAGAAGGCAUAUAGAAAUUCGGGAUCAGGCCCUUAAUAAUGCUCAGGCUAAAGUGGUGAAGCUGGAGGAAGAGCUUAAGAGGAAGCAAGUUUAUGUGGACAAAGUAGAGAAAAUGCAGCAGGCUUUGGCUCAGCUUCAGGCCGCCUGUGAGAAGCGAGAACAACUGGAGCACAGGCUGAGGACCCGGCUGGAGAGAGAGCUGGAAUCUCUCCGCAUGCAGCAGCGUCAAGGGAACUCUCAGGCCACCAAUAUGUCAGAGUACAACGCUGCGGCCCUCAUGGAGCUUCUCCGAGAGAAGGAAGAGCGGGUUCUUGCCCUUGAAGCCGACAUGACCAAAUGGGAGCAAAAAUACUUGGAGGAGAGCGUCAUGAGACAGUUCGCUCUAGAUGCUGCAGCUACUGUAGCAGCUCAGAGAGACACAAGCCUAAUAAGCCAUUCGCCCAGUGGGAGCUUUGAUACGACCCUUGAGGCCAGGAUACAGAAAGAAGAGGAAGAGAUUCUGCUGGCAAAUAGACGUUGUGUAGACAUGGAAGGCAGGAUAAAGACUCUUCAUGCUCAGAUAAUUGAGAAGGAUGCAAUGAUUAAAGUUCUUCAGCAACGUUCCCGUAAAGACCCCAGCAAGUUAGACCAACCUUCCUCCAUGCGCCCUUCGAAGUCACUCAUGUCUAUCUCUAAUGCGGGCUCCGGACUCCUAUCUCACUCUUCAACUCUAAGUAACACUCCCAUUUUGGAGGAUAAGCGAGAAGACAAGAGCUGGAAGGGCAGCUUAGGAAUUCUAUUGGGUACAGAGUAUCGCUCUGAAUCUGUCUCUUCUUCUCCGUCACCUGUCCUUCCAUCCACACCACUCCUUCCUGGUCAUUCCAAGACUGGUAGCAGAGAUUGUUGCACGCAAACAGAUCGGAGCAGCGAACAGAAUAAAACCCCUUCAGUUAGUGCAUCUCCUGGCCAAGCGCGGCUAGCCACUCCGAGCCCCAUGUACAACUCAGAGAGAACAGAUUCCGUUUUCCAGUCUAGCACAUUGGACAGAAAGAACCCCCUUCCACCUCUGGGACAAGAUGUUACAGAUGGGGAGAUGGUUGAAUAUCUCAUUUAAACAAAGGGUGCCUUUUAUAUAAGAUACUGGUAUUUAUAGGAAGUGCUACCACAACAUUAUUUUAAUUAUUGUGAGGCUAAGCUGACAAAGAGGAUUUUUUUUUAAUUCCUAAAAACUCUGGUUUUAUAUUUAAAUAAAAGUAAAUGCAUUUUAUACUGAAAGACAUGAACCUGAAUCUGAAAAAAUGUUAACUGUUCUCCGGACAAUCUGUGCAGACAUCCUGAAAUGAAAAUCAACUGAAGAAUACUAACAGAGGGUUUUAGAUGACACCUAGUUUAUUUACUG